AUGUUUAGUCUCACAGAAAGUUUGACAAGGGUCACCGAUGAGCUAUAUGGUCGAUCCGCUGUCCAGAAAUGGAAGUGCACUCAAGGAAAGGCGAAACCAUGGAGGAGAAACACUUUCCUUGGCAAUGGGGGCGAGAUCAAAGGCAUUCCCUCUUCUUUCUUGAGACGAUAUGCUGGAUUUGGCUCGUCGUACUUAGCCCAAUGCAAGCGGAACUGCAAACGCAGACGGUUUGAGCUCAAGCUCGAAUGUGAGGCACAACGCGAGCUGGACGACGUGACUGGCAAAUUAUACGACUUGGAUGCAGAAAACGAAAGUUGGGAGUGGAAACCUGAGGAUGUCAAGCGCCUCUUAACAGAGAGGGUAGAUGCGUCCCUCGAGAGUAGCCAGAUACCAUAUGAGGCCUACGUUGGUUCCAUUCUAGGUGAACAGUUCCAGCUCGGCCGCUUGAUAAGCGAGGGUGAACAUUGGGGAGAGGCUGUAUACCAGGUGACAGCACUGCUCGCACCCAACAAGGCGCUUGAGGCUAGGUCGUACUGCCUGGCCGGGCUUCCCAGAGAGCGGUUGGCGUCAAUGAAAAGACGCAUGAAGAGACUUCAUAGGAAAUACGGCGUUUCCAAGAUAGACCAGGCGCAGAAGAAGUUCCUUGUCUACUACCGCAACAGUCCUUCAAAUACCCCUGGCGUCGAAAGGGAAAGUGAGAGAAGACUUGGCGCUUCAACAAGCACAAAGGAUCGAAUGACUUUUCGAAUUUUGGACUAUGACUAUGAGUUUCCCGCGCUGCUCGGGACGAAUUCUCCGCAACAUACUCGGAUGGGGGUUUGGACUAAAGAAAGGUCUUGGGUCUUCCCUGACCAGUCCUUGAGUUGUGAAGAAUCCAUCAACGAAAGCUCGGCCAGAGACAAUCAUGCCGCUGAGGAGCCAAAGCCACCCAGAUCGGGGCAGAACCCUGCGGUUUCGAGCAAUAUUCUUGAUCCAUGUGCAGCUCGGUUCCCACUGCGGCGUGGAAGGCGACGACGAAGACCAAGAAAGUCCAAGGCCAAAAUACACGACGAAACAGGUAGCCAAGAAGCUUUGCGCGUUCCGUCACAACAUGACGCGUGCGUCAUAGAGUUGUGCAGUCUCACAGCUAUGCACGAGCAAUUGAAUAAUAUAGCACAGAACAUCGCAGACUUGAGCGAUCGACUUGCGGAACAGCAUCAUUUGGUUGAGACAGAAAUACAAUUUGUACAAAGAAGAGUCGCUUGGUUAUCCCAAACGAUGGACAAGCAGAAACCUGGCAUGGCCUUGGAUGAAGAGGCCCUCCUCUUCUUAGAGACCUACUACCUCGCCCACAAGGCCCGGGCCAAGCUCUCCCGCGAGGUUGCCCAACCUAACCACGACCUCCGUUUCCUCGUCGGCCACGCUAACCUGCUUAACUCCUUAAUGCUUAAACUUGAUGUGCUGAUACUAAGCAUGAACAGGAGUGAUAAUUGA